GUAAUCAACGUUAAUUAUUACUGUUCUCACAACUCACCAGAUGAAGGAAUGAGGCACGAAAACACCAACGCAGUCGCACCGAGGGUUGUAACCGAAGGACGCGAGGAUGUUAAGCACAAGAAACUCAUCUUCACAGAGUCCAAAGUACUCCAUCCAAAGAAUGAGAUCGGUGAAACCGCGAGGUGGGAAAACGCCGACGCAGAAAUGCCGAGCAUGGUAACUGAAGGUUGUGAGGAUGCUCCAUACAGGAAACUUAUCUUCACAGAUCCCCCUCCAAAGAAGAACUCCAAGGUACCUUCUGCCGAAAUCACCGUGGAUUUGACGUCUCCAUCCCCUGCGGAGGAGUCAAAGGAUGACAAGCAGCCGUCAAAGGAAGAAAAAUCAGCCUUCAAUCCGUCGUUUACACCCAAGAUCUUACCUCCAUCUCAGAUGAAAAAGAAACGAGUUGUAUCCAUCUAAAUUGAGUGUGUUUGUAUGUAAAUACU